GGACCGAGCCCGAGGCCUCACCUGCUCUGCUCCGGCAUCCAGGCGUCCGGCGCCAGCUGGUGGGGGGCUCCCGCUCGGUGCCCGCCAGCGUGGGGUUCCCGGGCUCGCUCCUCGGCGCGGUGGGGGAGCCGAGGGCGGAGCGGCAGAGGUGCGGCUGGCCGAGGGCGGAAACGGCCGCGACGCGAUUACGAAACCCGUCCGGCUGGGAGCCGGGCGCACAGCCCCGCUCUGGACUGAGGUGGCGCUGCACGACGGAGGGACGUGGGAGGGGCCUCGGAAGCCCCCGAGGGCCGCCGCCCCUGCCGGGAAAACCCGGGAAAGCGGACCCUCGAGGAAGGCCUGGCACCGAAGCUGGACUCUCCAGAAUCGGGGAGACUGAGCAGACUGACUCAGUCACCGAACAGAGAGGGGGUGAGAAGACAAAGCCGUCAAAGCCCCAACAGCUUUCUUGUUCUCCAGCCCAGAGCAGACGUCGGAGCCCCCGAAGUACUCCCUCCAUCUUUGGAACACGCUAAUAAUUCACUGAUAACAGGAAGUUAUGAGGGACCCUGUGAGUAGCCAGUACAGCUCCUUUCUUUUCUGGAGGAUGCCCAUUCCAGAACUGGAUCUGUCGGAGCUGGAAGGCCUGGGUCUGUCAGAUACGUCCACCUACAAGAUCAAGGACAGCAGCGUUGGCAAAACGACGGGGCAAGCAACCGGAGCAGAGCAGGAGAAGAACCCUGAAGGCGAUGCCCUCCUCGAGUACAGCACCUUCAACUUUUGGAGAGCUCCCAUUGCCAGCAUCCACUCCUUUGAAUUGGACUUGCUCUAAGCCCAAGACCUCUCUCCCACCACCUUGCCCUCCUUUCCUGCCCUUUCAAGCCCCUCCUUUCCACCCUUUUACCCUAUCAGUCUUGCUCUCUCCCCUCUAUUGUGUUGAGGUGGUGCUGAUGAAUCUGCCAGAGUUGUGAUUUAUUUAUUUAUUUAUUUAUUUAAUUUAUCUAUCUUUCUUUCUUAUCAGUUUCUCUCAAAAACCAUCAAGCCACAAAGUAAAGGGUUCAAGCAAUGGAGUAUUGGGUCACAGGGAUUCCUUUCCUCCCCCCAGAUAUUAAUUCCAGAAAACAGGCCUGAUGACGGCACCAGAGAGUAGUAUGGAGUGCAAAAUGGAGGACUGAUUUUUUUUUACUUCAUUUUAAUCAGCUUCAGAGAUUGCUCAAACCUUCCUAAUUUCUUGCUCCAGGCCAGUAAACACAAAUAUUUCUUCAAGGGUUGAUGAAAACCCUGUAAGUUUUAGUUUGAGAUUAUCUGCUAUAAGACUGUAGGAUCUCUAAAAGGCUAAGGCGAUCCUGCUCCUUCUUGUAAUACACUCUUUUUCUCAGAGAAAUUGGGGAUAAAGGUUUAAAACAAGGGGAAAUAAUACAUCAUGGGAGAUGACAAUAGGGGAAAGCACUGAAUCAUUUCAGAAAUAGCUAUGCUCUCUCAAAAGGGUUUUCCUUCUUCAAGCUUACCUUACAAUUUUGCUCCUGUGGGCUGAAAACUCUAGCUGAGGGAAAACCACUGGGAUUUCAAAUCUUAAGAGGCAAUCCUGCUGACUAUUAUGAUAAUUUGUAGGGUUUUAUGCAGUUUCUAAAAGGCGUAGUAGGGUUUGGUCCUUAGUAUUUGAGUUUUGCCCUCCUGCAUUUGCAAUGUAGAAUAAUGAUCAAAUGGGCCUCAGGCACAGUUCUUCAGCUACCUUGAUACCAUGAAAUGAACAAUCAACUCUGACCCUACACCUUGUCUCCACUCCUUCCGAAAUUAUUGCUGCUGAUUUGUGCUGCCACUUAAUCACUUCUUUAAUAAAGACAUUCAAUCCCA